AGAAACUGGUCUUGGAAAGCGCAAGAUUCAAAUGCCUGGGGUACGGCCUGUAAUAUUCAUCCGACCGAUAUGCUUACCAAAAACAACACACUAUUUGUAGGUGUUAGCUGAUUACUUUUCAGGUUAUGACAGCCCUUUGUGGAGGCGGCAAGUCGAAUAUCCUAAGGUUUUUCCUGGUGAUCCUCCAGUGCCAUGUUUUCUGCCUCCGUUUUGGAUGAAAAUGAUGUAUCCUGGUCCAAAGAAUCCUCCUAAUCAUGUUGUUUUCAAAGUGCACCCACAGAUGACUAAGCGCGACGUACAGCAGUAUUUAGAAAAGAUUUACAACGUUCCUGUUGCAGAUGUUCGAGUAAAGAUGGUUUAUCACGAUUUAGAACCAAUUGAUGAACCGGCAUUCCGUAGUGCACAGAGAUUAGCCGAUUCUACACAAUUUCCCCCCAAACCUGAACGCUAUGAAAAGGUUGCAUAUGUUCGUUUGGUUCCUGGUGAAGUUUUUGUUUUUCCUGAUCUAUUCAAAGACAAACGUCCAUCAGAUGCUGUGGAUAUCCUAAAUGGUGGCGAUGCCGCCAAAUCUCAAGAAGCCAUUUCUGAUGACUCCAAAAAAGUAGAGAAUAACAAACUUCAACCUCUGAAAGGUUGUAGCAAAUGGUUUGCAUCUUAGUGUCUGUAUAUAUUGUAUCAUAAAAUAAUUUAGUUCACAUGUUGUUUUUCCUGCUACUUACUGAAGUAGAAUAUCAAAUGUAUUUCUCUCGACUAAACAAUUUUCAUGCAUUUCAAUAAACACGGUCUCGAAUAAUCGAAUAGUUAGCCCGUUUUUAACCAAGGAAUAUUUACAACUUAGGCUUUUUGUUUGGUCACCAGUUCUUCUUUAGAAAUAUUAUUUGUAUUCGUUCCGACCAUUUACCUUUUUAUUACUAUGUUGAAAAGUGUGAUAGGUUUGCAAUCAUAGUUAAGUGGUUAAACGAUGCAGCUUCUUACCAGUAAUAGUGUAGUAAAUGAGAACACAAGUGGAGGCAAUCGGAUGUAUUUGAACACAAAAUUAUAGAAUCUCUUAGUAAAAUCUGAGAACCUUACAGUAAAUAUUUCAUCUGCAAAAUAUCUAUCAAUUAUCUCAAACUUGACCGUCCCUUUUACAGAUAUCAGUCAAUCGUCUCAGACUUUGUUGUUCCUUCGUUUCCAUAUCAAUCACUCUCUGUUCUCGUUCUCUUUUCUUCGAUCUCGACCUUCUGCUGCCAGACAUUCUGUUCCUGACUAGCGUUAUAUACUACUUAUGUCGGCAUAUGUACCACACACCACAAUAGGUCACUGGUUUGAAUCUCGCUCCACCUACACCUGUUAGGAGAGACGAUUGGUGUCACCAGUUCUCACAUUUACAGUGUAGCGCGAAGCUAGGUGCACGAAUUAGUACGUAGUGAGUUAAGUAAAUGCAUGGUGUGACCCGAGGUCGGAUAAUAUAAUGUAUGUACAUCUAUUGUAUGAGCUUAGGUUAGUGCAUAUGUGUGCCAGCUCCGUAGUCGCCUUUUAUUUAUUGACUGCUAUUGAUGAAAAUCAUGUGAGUAGUACAACACUUUCCGUUGAAAAUCAGAGAUUGGUGGUAUCGUGAUAUUAAUCUGGGUGUAAGAUGUCGUGUUUAAAGCACUUCUGUAAGAGAAUGUUAUCUAUACUUGUCAAACCUGGAUACUCCGAGUUGAUGGUGUUUGGAUGCUUCCUGUGAUCAAUCACCGUUGCCUCUAAAAGACGACUGACGUUCAGUACCAACAGAAAAUCAGUAACGCGGAGACCCAGCACUGUAUUCAGGCACAGUAACAAUAAUUCAGUUAGUCACUAUUUUCAAACACCGGCUUCAUUGGUUUGGAUAUACUCUACACCUUCGGUCUGGGAACCCGAGCAGUAUUACAACCCACACACAAACCAAGUGAUUUAUGUGGCGCAUGUGUAUUUGGUGCCCCUUUGUACCAAUAUUUGUUCAAAUAUAUACUCUACAAAUGUAAUUCUAGCGACUUCCACACCGCCCUUUAUUCACUGACUAUGAGACUGGUUGGAGAAAUUGAAGUGGUAGGUUCAAGACAUGGCACAGGGGGAUGAGAGGAAGCUGUGUAGGACUGGCAUCUGUCGGUCCAUCAAAAGUCCGUGGUUGGGGUCCGAGAGGUAGUUCAACUUAGUGGCUUGAGAUGUUACUAGAUAUGACUCAGAGAGAUCCUACUGUAAUUUUCACUUUCUUCACAAAAUUGAGAAACAGGAUUCUCUCCGUUGUGUUUUUUUGAAACUGAAUUGUUUCUCUCACUAUACCUUACUCUCAUCCAAUUGUUUCUAUUCACUUACUGCUUUUUUAUUAUACUCACCCUUAUUUUUAUAUCUCUUCACAAUGUUUGAUGCAUAUUUAUUUCUAUAUAUGUUUGUACCGACAUUCGAUUAUGGGUGUCUGCGAACCAUUGCUUGCAUAUUUUGGACAAUCAGGUUCUGAGAUUUAACCCGGAGCACUAUGUAUGACAAGUUGAUAGACGAGAUAAUGAAUCUUUAUCGACUGAGGUGGUUCGGAUAUUUAUAAUGUAUGCCCAUCCGCCGCUUGCUUCAACGCACUAUGAUGGAUGACGUAGGAAUAGGUUGGAAUGAAGCUAGAAUUGUCCGAACCAGGACGUGGCAUCAAUCGACGACGAAACUGAGCCCUAUAAGCAUGUACAGACUAUCUGGUUUGAGUCAUCAUGAACAUCAUAACUAAUAGUUAGGGACUUUGAGUGACGACUCAAAAUGGUGCGGGUACAUCCACUCGUUGUCUUACUUUAAAUCUUAUGCUUUUAAAUUCCUCAUAAAUUUUUUAGUAUAGUCAUGACGAACUUGCUGAAUUGUACACCCUAUAUAACUUGCUUCCUAGUAACAGUUAAAAUGGUAAUUACAAUACAAUUUCAAUUCCUAAAUGAUCCUACCGGUGAAGUUAUAACUUAAAGGUUAAGAAACCCGAUGUAAAUUUUUCAUUAGCAACGUAUAGCAGGACACCAUCCACCUUGGUUGGGCAAAGGACAGGUAAGAGUGGUUCCGAGUUGCAUUAUCGCUCACUUGGUGAACACAAGACGUCAAUUUGACCUCUAUACAGCUUUUAAGGUUAUCCCACACAGUCCAUCAAAUAUGUCACAUAGUUUACAAGUUCGUCUUCUGGAUAUUGCUGGAGCUGUGGGAAUCCGUGUUCAUCGACCUAACCUUCGCAUUCAAAAUAAGUUUUUACAACUACUCUCGCUCCCUUGGCCCACCGGUUUAGGAGCGUGUUUUAGCCAUGAUGAGAAACUAAUUGAAAAGAAAAUCCUUCGCUCUAUUCGUUCUUUGUAAUAUAUUUUGUACUUCACUAAUUAGUUUUUGUUGCUGUUGAAGAUUUUUACGUUCCAUAACCAAUCUUCCCCAUUACCAAUAAUUCUGUUACUGACUCUACAUCAGUGGGAUUCGCCCUGAUAAAUUCCAUCUCACUGUGCUAAUGGAAUAUGGCAAAUUGAACGGAUGUACAAAUGCUCCAGGUUUUACGUUGCCUAAGACUGGUUGAUCAGAACCUAUGUAUUUAAAUAGACAAGUAGAAUUAGCAAACAGCUGAUAUGAUGUUAGCGAUAAACCUAAUAGGCGAACAUCAUUUUAAUAGUUAAUUUGUCGCCUAUGAGAGAGUGCAACACGUGCAAAAUGGAUAAAUCUCCUGUUUCUAAGGCAUGUUACACCUAUAUGGUGAUAGGAAUGGCGACCGAGGUUGUCUUACCACUCAGGUGGAUACUCGACACACUAUAUACAGACUGGACCCGAUUCAAGAAAAAAGGUUGAGAACCAGAGUAUGUGUUGGACAGUACAUUUUUCAACCCAAUCAUAAGAACCCUAAAUUCAAAUCAAUAAUAGGAAAAGAAAUCACAUUAAAUAGUUAGCGUGGUCACUCAUACAUUUCUAGAUCUUGAAAGUAUUGUUGUGAACAUCGAGUAUCCCAACUGAGAAACUUAGUUGCGUAUAUUCACACUUCAAAAUUAGUUUAACCAACAAAGACGUAUAUGCAUUCACUGUUAGACUAUCCUGAGUCUUAAUACUAUUUCGUGCCUUUUGUUUCAUAAAUUCGUCAACCAUAUUUCUAAUUCUUUCAGCUUCUCUUAUAUAACAGUGCGAUCCAUAUCAUUGUAGUGGCCGACGCAUAUUUGUGAUGUUAGGACCUAAGUUGCUUGUGACUACUGAACUAUUGUUAGUCAAAUUGACAUGAUGACUAGUUUGAGAAAGAAAAACUAGUAAUUUCUUUGCAAUGGUUAGCUUGAGAUUUGCUACCCACUGACUACACGCUUAAGUAUCAUCACUUCAUUACAAUUGAUAAAAUGAAAGUCGAUUUUUAUAGAAAAUCCUUCGACAACAUUUAUAUUCUAUGUUAGAAAAGCAGCGUCGUCGAAACACGACAACACCGACCGUAGCUGCUACCAUAUGAUGGUCGGACGUGGAUAUUAUGAUGACCCAAAAGUUAUAUUGGUUAGACCAUUUGUUCGUCUAGAUCUUACCAUACUACAGAGACCAGUUGUAAAAUAGUAAGACUAAAAGCUACAAACUCAUGGCUCGAGGGGAGUCGUACCGCUAACUACUGAAGUGUGGUAGUAAAAAGGCGUUUCUUUUAGAUAACCAGCAUUUGCAGCGAUACUGUCUCCCCAUAAUUGGAGUGGGUCGACCCAGAAAAUAACACAUCACCUCAUCUUAUGGAUUUCCAUCCCUGGCCACUAGGUUUGAAAAGUACAGCGCUAACACAUCAAGAGCUAUAUGUGACCAGCCUCAAAGAGUUAUCGCUUGAGCUUUGCGGUCACUACUAAUCCAGCUACCUCAGAAAGAAGUGUCCUUUCAUAGUAUAUGGAACCGGAAAAUGACAACCGCUCACGUACUCCCAACAGGUCAUGCACACAAUCUAUACUUGUGGUAACUGAUUAUGAAAAUCAACUACGAAGCACAACAAUAUCAAAUGGGAAUAGUGGAUUCAAGUUAACAGAAGAAUUACAAAUGGUUUUUGUUUUACUCUGACAAAAAAACAAAACAAAUAAACCACCUCUCUAAACAAUAAAGAAACAUUUACAAUGCUUUAUAACAAAACAGUAUGCGUAAAACUUGUCAAGCAUAUUUAUAAAGUAAGAGAUCCACACACACAAUUAGUUUUAAACAAACUGUUCAGGGGGAUUUUAAUUUUAUACUUCAUCAAACCUUUAUUAUUUCCCUAUGUGCACACCCGUAUUUGUAUGCAUCAAUUUAGGGAAGUGGUGAUUGAAUAGUAGUUGUAAUAACGGAUAAUAAUGAUCAGGAUUUGCACGUGUGUGUGUGUGUGCAUGUAUACAACAUUGGAAUGGUACAACGAAAUGUUAAUUAAUGUUACCCACAGUAGGAGAAAAGAUCACAGCAAUAUUUUGGACAAUAGUGAACAAGUAAAGAAAGAAGAGAACAACAGUUAGUUGUCAAGUGUAUAUCUGUUCUUGGGAAGAAGAAAUCAACAAGUUAGAUAAUCUGUAAAUAAUAGAAUAAUACUGUGUAGUAGUAGUAGUAGUACAGAAAGACAAAUGUUUACAUUGCCUUGAAAAAAAAUUAGGAUUUCUAUCACUAUUAAAAAAGAAUUCAUUUUGCAUGCGAUAUACAAUUAACGAAUGAAUGAACCAGUGUUUUAAUUUACUAAAGUGUCUUUCACUAUAGGUGUGUGUGUGUGUGUGUUAGUCAGUCAGUCACAACGUAGAACUUCGUACGUACAUCAGUUCGAGUUGUCAUACCACAUUAGCACAAAGAUGCAGUUGUCGAUUCCGAAUCCCAUAGUGGUAAAAGUAGUAAGAGUAUAAACAUUAAUGUGAAAGAUUAGGGUUUGAAAGAGUAUAGUCCAGUGAAAUAAAUUUGAAAAGAGAAAAAGGAUAGGGACAUGAAGAAUAUAUGUGACAGAGACAGUAGUAGCUUACAACACAAUUCUCAAUUAUAUCUCUAUAAAUAGUACAUGUGUAUAUAUCUAAUCGUAUUUAUGAAAUAACGAUGAAUUGAACUAACAAAGUUUACAUCAUCUGGAUAGGAAAAAAAAACAGCCGAAGUCGACAUAGAGGAUAU